GCAUCAGUUCUGUGAGGUAUUUCCAUUGGAACGCCAGCGGUCUAUCCUCGAGACAGUCAUGAAGCUGCUGGUUCUGGCGUGUCUGGUGGUGGCGGCGGCGGCCCGUCCGCAGGGAGACGGCCUCCAGUCCUCCCAGUCCGCCGCCACGCUGGCCGAUGCCGGCAUCCUCCGCAUGGAAUCCUCUCAGGCGGAGGACGGCUCGUUCCAGUACGCCUUCGAGACGGCCGACCAGAUCAAACAGGAGGUCUCCGGUCAGCUGAAGCAGAUCGGCGAGGAGUUUGGCAUCAUCAUGCAGGGCAGCUACUCGUUCGUGGCCAAGGACGAGAACGGAAACGAUGUGCCCGUCGAGGUGCGCUGGGUGGCUGACGAGAACGGCUACCGCGCUGAGGGAGACUCGAUCCCGCAGCUGGGAGAGAACGGAGCCGGCCAGCGGCUCCCGCAGCUGGGGGAGAACGGAGCCGGCCAGCGGCUGCCGCAGCUGGGAGAAAACGGAGCCGGCCAGCGGCUGCCGCAGCUGGGAGAGAACGGAGCCGGCCAGCGGCUCCCGCAGCUGGGAGAGAACGGAGCCGGCCAGCGCGACCCGAACCUGAUCGCCGCCUCUGAUGAUAACAUCGUCAUCCUCCAGUAGGAGACGCUGCUGCUCCACCGACCGACCAAAGUGAUACCGCUCUGCCGUCAUCAACCCGAGCAAAUAUUCGCCAACUGAUGUCACCGUCGAACGAACGGACGCUUUCUGACUGGAAAACGACAUCACUACUUGUUUGUCCAAUGUCAUUGCUCACCAAAAAUGUACAUACAAAUAUACAACAGUUCAACGAAAA